AUGACUGUUUAUGAUCUAGAUAAUUUUAUAAGAAACUCUGUGAUAGAACAGAAGAUAGAGCAGUCAAAGACUAUCACCAGAGAAACUAUAAAGCUACAGGUUGGAAAGAAUCAUAUCCAAUCAUUGGAACCCAAGACUAGAAAGAAGGCACAAUUCAAAGGUUUGAGUGAACUUUAUCCAGACUCAGAACUUUUCCGUAACUGGGGUGAAGGCCUGUCAGAGUCCCAGCAGAUCAAGGCUCAGAGCCUCUUCAUGAAGUUUGGUUACAAUGUUUAUCUAAGUGACCAGUUGCCUCUGAAUCGAUCUUUCAAAGAUGGUCGCAAUCCCAGGUGUCUUGAAAAGACGUAUCCUCAUCAACUUCCAACUGUCAGUGUCAUUCUCACAAUUAUGAAUGAAGCAAUGUCAGUUAUACAACGUGCCAUCAACAGCAUCAUCCACCAGACCCCUUCCCAUCUGCUGAAGGAACUCAUCCUGGUAGAUGACUUCAGUUCAAAUGAUGAACUAAAGGAAAAAUUGAGUGAACAGAUCCAGCUUUACAACCUCAAGUACCCCAGGCUGCUAAAACUGAUCCGUCACACCAAGAGGCAGGGGCUCACUCAAGCCCGUAUCUCUGGCUGGAAAGCUGCUAAAGCGGAUGUGGUCAUUAUUUUAGAUGCUCAUGUUGAAGUAAAUGUUGGUUGGGCAGAGCCCAUCCUAGCAAGGAUCCAGGAAGACAGGACUGUGAUUGUGUCACCAACAUUAGGCAAAAUUCAUUUUGACACCUUGGAAGUGGAACAUUAUCCUUUAGCUUCUAUUGGAUUUGACUGGGCCCUCUGGUGCCUUUAUGAGCCUGUUCCAAAAAGCUGGCUUUUGUUGAUGGAUGUAACUGCACCAAUGAAGAGUCCUUCUAUCAUGGGAAUCUUUGCUGCAGACAGACUGUUCUUGAAAGAGAUUGGAUCCCUUGAUAAUGGAAUGGAAGUCUAUGGAGGAGAAAAUGUGGAACUAGGCCUGAGGGUGUGGCAGUGUGGAGGAAAGAUUGAGGUCCUUCCCUGUUAUCGGAUUGUUCACCUGGAGAGAGCCUUCAAGCCCUAUGCUUGGAAUCUAGAGCAAUUCAUGAAGCGUAAUGCUCUUCGUGUGGCUGAAGACUGGAUGGAUAAUUACAAAUUCAUGGUUUAUUAUUACUGGAAUCUUCCUGUGAAGGUUACCAAAGGAACUCUCCUGGGAGGUUCCUACUCACAAAGAAGCUCUUGGAUGCUGCUGCUUCUUAUGCCCCACGUUCAGGUGCCAAAUGUUUGUGAAACAGGAGCCACCUACCAGUGGCUGCUGGAGGUCUAA